GGAAAACGUGUGUUUACGUUCGCCAUGCGACAUUCCUUUCGUAGUUUGGAGCACGAAUGAUUUUUUUUUUCUGUCAUUUGUAAUUACGCAUAUUUCACUGGAGUAGCUUGUUGAAGGAGUAAUUGUUUUGCUGUACUCUGCACAGCCAGGUAAAACUUGAAAAAAGCUAAAAAACAGAGCAUACUAUCUCCUAAUUUAUCUGCGUUUUAUCAGGGAGAGUUAAUCAGAGUACUUGUUGGACGUUGGCACGAUCUCUCAUCGUACACGACAACUUUACAACCGCCGGAAAGCUGUCUUAUCAAAAUCAAAAUAACGAGGGGCUUUCUUGUUUUAGCUAAUAAUUUUAACCUUAAGAUAGAGGUAACGCCUUUCGUGGUAUUAUUGUCGUGAUCAACUGUUUGUAAAUAGUGAAUUCCUGUCGAAGAUAUUAGCUUGGAGAAGGUGACAGAAUUCGUUCAUAUCUCCAUAUCGUUUACGCCCAUUAGUUAAUGCGUCUUAAAAUCAAAGCGCGCAGAUUUCUUUGUCCUUUGUAUGAGCUGCACUCCCAUCGGAUUCAUCGCUUAUGCGACCUUACAUUUUUCUCUGGCUCUGUUUGCAAAGGUAGGGAAAAAUAAACUAAAGACUGAUCAAAAUGCCAGCACAAGCAACAGAUGAAGUAGACUGGAAUAACCAGGACCCUGCGACUGUUAUUUACAAGAUUGGUAUAUAUGGCUGGAGAAAGCGAUGCAUCUACUUCCUUAUUUUACUCAUCAUGGUUGUCACCAUCGUCAAUCUUUCUCUCGUUAUUUGGGUCAUGAGAGUUAUGGACUUUAAUUUGGAUGGUAUGGGUAAACUUAGAAUAACUGAUCAAGGUCUGAAGCACUAUGGUGAAGCAGAAUUUGUUGAUGAAUUACGUGCAAACUUGAUACGACCAAGCCAGAACUCUGAACUUAAGCUUCAGUCCAAAGCAAAUGUCACAGUUAAUGCACGCUCUUCUGGAGGAAACAUUACUGGUCAGCUCUUCGUAGGAAAUGAUGAAGUUGUGGCCAGAAAUCAGAAGUUCUCUAUAAAGACUGACCAAGGAAAAAACAUCUUGUAUGCUGACAAGGAUAAAAUCCACUUUGCAGCUGACAAGUUGGAGUUUUUAAGUCCCAAUGGAGCUCAUUUCAGUGGUUCAGUUGAGACAGAGAGCCUGAGGGCCCCUCCCAAGAAGGACCUGAGAUUGGCAUCCCUGACCAGGUCCCUUCACAUGGAUGCUCCAGAUGGCAUGUCCUUCAAAUCUGCUGCUGGAAGUGUGGGCAUUACAAGUCUAAAGGAUGUGACAAUCAAGUCCAUGAAUGGAAAGGUCUUGCUGGAUGCACAGCAAAUUUCAUUUAAAAAUCUGCAAAGAGGUACUUCAAACAGUGGAUCUCCUGACGGAAAUGUCCGGGAAGUCUGUAUUUGUGAAAAUACUGGAGAAUUGUUUCUGGCACCAGCUAACAGUCAUUGCCAAGUCAGCAAGAUUUGUGGUUGAUGUGAACCAGCAUGAAUUUUGAAAGCUCUAAAGUCUUAACCUAUUAUUAUUAUUGGAAUAGACCCAACAGUAAUGGGUUGAAUUUUUAGUAAGGGCUACUUGUAAAACUUGACAGGAAUCUGUUAGGAAGGGUUGGCAGUCAUUGAUGGCAAGUAGAAUUGCUGUGGACUAUACAGACAAACUUGAUCACUUUUUCAAGUUUGGCUUUGAAUCCUGUUGCGACAAAAAUUUUUUAGAGAUUGUGGGCUCUGUUGUUUGUAUUUCUUAAAUUGAGGCAUGCUCCUUUCCUAGUAAAUAAUUAUUUUUAACAAAAUGCUUGCAGAUGAUAGCGCAAUAUAAUUUUCACAUCAAAUAUUUGGUAGUUUUACCCUGAAUGGGAUGAAUUUCUGAUAACAUUUCUCAGCUUAUUUUAUAACUUAUUUAGAAGAUAUAUGUAGCCAUUUUGGUACCACAUUUUUGUACAGUACUGUAGGGUUAUAAAAAAUCUUCACUUUUAAUUAGUGAAAAAGAAAGUCAUUAUUUAAGUACAGUAGAAGAGGAGUUUUAUAUUCUCAAGACAGAGGUUAGUUGGCAGGUUUGGUUUAUUAAAUGGGGCUACUUUUGGAAAGUUUUCAUGCCACCUGUAGAUGAAAUAUUUCUUUAUUUGGCUUGAUGGAUUUAUUGCAAUGUAAUGAUAUGUUGUAAUUCAGUUUAAUUCUUUGCCUAAAUUUUUAUCACUUGUUUUUAUACUUUGUGUUUUGGGUUUUGGUUSAAUUGAUUCUUGGUAUAAAUUUUAUUUGCUUAAUGGUAGACAUUAGUAUACUGCUAUGUUUUGGUUGUGUCACUGUAAGUUAAGAAUUAAACAGCUGAAACUGAA